CCUGUGUAUUCUAACACAAUUAGCGAAAAGUGUGUCCAUGGCGGAUAAAGCCUGAGGUAAACUUAUUAAUUAAUUUUAUAGGAUGUCGAUGAAGGUUAGUUUACAACAAGCUUCGAUACAAUAGUUGGGAAUUUUAUGACUUUGCCUCCUAAAUUGCAAGACCGUUUACCUCCACGCUACAAACUACCUCCAUAUGUGGCAAUCACUCGUUAUCACACAAACACACACUAUCUGUCCAUAUAAUUUCUGCGUUGUCAUUCAGUUUGCAUUGAAAUCACAACUAAUGUGGUGAUAGUUAGUAUCACCACCUACUCUACCGCGGUGUCGGUUGGUACCACUACCUACCGUACCACCUACUGCGCCGGGUGUAGCGUUAAGACGCCGGCCCAGCUGCUAGCCAGCUGCCAUCUUCGGUCCGCCAAUCGAUAAUCUCGCACGACAUCGUCUACACGCUCGGCGUCUUUUUUCCAAGCAGAUAUUCUGUUAAUUACUUGUGUCGAAUCUUGUUCGUUAAUAAUUUGUAAUCUUGUCCCUGAUUUGUUAAUAACUUUGUGCUGUACACGUUAGGUAAAUAUACAAGCUGUUAUAUUUAAAUAAAUAAAACUGCCAAUUUGUUUGCAGUAUUGGUGCCACGGGUCCGAUUCGUGAACAUCUCUAGAUUUCAAUCAUAAUAACUUGGUCGAAUUCUGCGAUAAAUACCUUAAGUAUUGCGUCGUGUUUCGUUAUUUCGUUACAAUUGUGUUUUUUCUUGCAUGUCAAUAAUUUAUUAUAAGUUUUUAUUAGCUGCUCUGGAAGGCGGUUUACGGUUCUACAUUGUGUGAGUAUCUAUUGUUUUGUAUUUCUAAUUUAUAUACAUUAUUGCCGUGUUUACUGUCUCCCGCGGGCAUAAAACACUGCUUUUGAAUAAAAAGAAUCAUAAUUUAUUUGGUAGCUUGUUACUUAUUGUUCAUCCGGAGUUGAGUAGAGUAAUAUAGGAUCAACACCAUUUUAAAGUAAUCUAGUCGGCAAAAUGGCCAAUCGUCUAGCUUUGAUCUUUAUUGUGUUAGCUUCUUACCUAUAAGCCAUGCUUGUAGCUUUGUGUUAUUCAUCUAAUUCGAGUAAAUUAAAAUUAAGAUUUAAAUGUUUAAACAAACAAAAUAUACUACUGAAAACUCAGUGGUUUUUUACAAGUAAUGUAAACUAAAUUAUUCUUUACUAUAUUAUUAUUAUUACUUUAUUUGUUACUUAAUAAAAUAAAUAAAACUGCAAUUUAGUAGUCCUAUUUAAACCUCUUUGCAUAAGUGGUACAGAAAAACAACUAAAGUUCAAUGUCAAUUACAGAGUUUUGAAACGGUAAAAUAUGUUGAAUAUUAAACCUGAAAAUGACGAUGCAGAAGAAUACUCCGUUGAACCAAAACCGUUUGAUGUGCUGUUCAAAAACAAUGAAAUAUCUAUAGUAGAGGAUUAUUUGGUUAAGAAUGAAUUCGAUGAUACUUAUGAAGUUUUGAAGCGUUAUAAUAUGUUGAAAAUUAAAGAUGAAAUUGAUGAAACAGAAAAAUACUUUUUUCAAACAACGUUUGGAGCCGUUGAACCAAAACCGUUGGAUGUGCCGUUUGAAAACAAUGAAAUAUCUACAACAGAGGAGUAUUUGGUGAAGAAUGAAGUCGACAAUACUUAUGAAGUUUUGAAACGGUAUAAUAUGUUGAAUAUUAAACCUGAAAAUGACGAUGCAGAAGAAUACUCUGUUGAACCAAAACCGUUUGAUGUGCUGUUCAAAAACAAUGAAAUAUCUAUAGUAGAGGAUUAUUUGGUUAAGAAUGAAUUCGAUGAUACUUAUGAAGUUUUGAAGCGGUUUAAUAUAUUGAAAAUUAAACCUGAAAAUGAUGAAACAGAAGAAGAGUUGUUGGAAAAAUCGUUUGAAGUCGUUCAAACUAAACCGUUAGAUAUGCAGUUCUUAAACAAUGAAAUUUCUACAACAGAAGAGUGUAUGGUUAAGAAUGAAGUCGACAAUAAUUAUGAUAUUCAUUUUUCGUGUAAAACACAGUCCAAUUGCGACCAAUCUUACAUCAAAAUUCAUAAAAGGAUACAUACCGGCGAGAAGCCCUUUAAAUGCAAUAUUUGUGAAAAAAAAUUUGGUCAGAUAUCUCACCUCAAAACUCAUGAACGCAUACACACCGCCGAGAAACCUUUUAAGUGCGAUGUCUGUGAAAAAACAUUCAGUCAUCAAUCUGCUCUCAAGAGACAUGCACGUAUUCAUACCGGCGAGAAACCGUUUAAAUGCGAUGUCUGUGAAAAAACAUUUAGUCUACAACAAAGUCUUAAAAAACAUGAAAGGAUACAUACUGGUGAAAAACCUUAUAAAUGCGUUGUCUGUGAAAAAACAUUCAGUCAACAAACUCAUCUCAAGAACCAUGCACGUAUUCAUACCGAAGAGAAACCCUUUAAAUGCGAUGUCUGUGAAAAAUGUUUUAAUAUACAAUCUAACCUCAAAGUUCAUGAAAGAACACAUACCGGCGAGAAACCAUUUAAAUGCGAUGUCUGUGAAAAAUGUUUUAAUAUACAAUCUAACCUCAAAGUUCAUGAAAGAACACAUACCGGCGAGAAACCAUUUAAAUGCGAUGUCUGUGAAAAAUGUUUUAAUAUACAAUCUAACCUCAAAGUUCAUGAAAGAACACAUACCGGCGAGAAACCAUUUAAAUGCGAUGUCUGUGAAAAAUCAUUCAGUUUAAAGUCCUAUCUCAUAAUUCAUGAACGCAUACAUAUUGGUGGGGUACGAUACAAAUGCUCAGCCUGUGACAAAUCAUAUGGUUGCCAAGAUACUCUCAAAAGGCAUCAAGCAAAAGCACACGGCUCAUAGAUUCAUAAACCUUACGUGACUAUUUGGCAGUUUUUCAAAAUCGAUUUGUUAUUAUUUUGCAAUUUUUUUUACUUACGAUUUAUUUCAGAUUUAGUAUACUUUUAUUAGUUUUCUUAUAAUAUUUAAUUUAUUACUAUCGUUUAACAGAUCAAUAACAUAAGUAUUAGUUUUUAAUUUAUUUUUUCGACGGAUCACAUGAAUUAUUUAGUAUUAAUAUUUUUAUAAUGUAUUUUUUAAUUUUCAUAAUCUACACACACA